AUGUCACAAACUCUUGAGCAACAACAGCAGCACCACCAUGCAAAGCAAAUGUCAACCCACUUUCCCAAAAGAUUGACGGCAUUACUUGUGUCUGUUUUCGUUGCUUUGGCAUCUGGCACGCCUUACAUGUAUGGUGUGUAUUCGCCUCAGUUUGUGAAGCACAUUGGGCUAACGGCUUCACAUUCUGCAACCAUAUCAUUGGCUACUAAUAUAGGGUCUGGUAUUGGUGGCUUACCAGGUGGACUUCUUAUUGACCAUUUUGGCCCUCAAUUCAGCAUAUUUAUUGGUUCAUUGUGUAUAUUUGUGGGGUAUUUCACGGUGUUCAAAAUCUACUACCAUCAGUACAGUAAUAUGUUUGUUAUAUGUAUUGCUAUGGCUUUGAUGGGAUUUGGAUCAAUUACAAGCUAUUUCGCAACUUUGAAAGCAUCUCAAGCCAACUUUCCCAAACACAAGGGUGUUGCUGGUGCGUUACCCGUGAGCUGCUUUGGAUUUUCCGCCACAGUAUUUUCCAUUAUAUCGGCAUCAUUCUUUAAGGACGAUACUGGUGGACUUUUACAAUUUUUGGCCUUUUUCUGUGGAUCUGUGACACUCUUGGGCUCAUUCUUUGUUCAUGUAUACGUUAGUGAUGAUGAGGAGGACGAACGUGAACAUCAUAAUCGAUUGGAGUCAAAUAACGAAAGUGGAACGAAUCAAGCUUUGCUUUCAGACGCAGAAGCUUCUUUAAUUUCUGACAUAGAACCACCACCACAAUCUUUAUCUAGAUCUGAAUCACUUAAUGGAUCGUUUUCUUUUUGGGGGAUUGGAAGCAGAACGCCAAGCUCUUCAAUAAGCUUACAAGAUUCUGAAGCAACUGAACUCAGGCAAAGCUUAAUCGAGGAAGAAAGACUUGGUAAACAAAGGAAAGCAAAAGUCAGUCCCUUGGAAACAAUCAAACGUCGUCUUGUUGACAAAGUGUAUUUGAUACAUUACUUCAUUGUGUCCAUUACUGCUGGCGUUGGUCAAGUCUAUAUCUACAGCGUUGGAUUUAUUGUUGCUGCGCAGUACUAUUACAACAAAGAACAUGAGGAACAUGCCAGGAACAGUAUAUUCGGUAGAGCUGUCCAAAUUGCCCUUCACGACCCCGAUGCCGCCUCCAUUCAAGCGUUACAGGUGUCAAUAUUGUCGAUUGCUUCAUUCUUGGGACGUCUUGUGGCUGGUUUUCUCAGUGACUACAUCCACAAAAGCUGGCACAUUCAAAGGCUUUGGAUUGUCUUGGCAACUUUGCUUAUACUCUCGUUGGCUCAGUACAUCACCAUCUCAAACGUCUCCUCCUUUCAUUGGACGGCAGUGGCAUCCGGCUUGACCGGUGCAUGCUAUGGUCUCGUAUUUGGCACAUACCCGGCAAUUAUAGCUGAUUCCUUUGGCACAAAGACAUUUUCCACUAAUUGGGGAUUGAUUUGCACUGGCCCUCUUGUCACAUUGUAUGCAUUGAACAAGUACUUUGGUUGGAUUUAUGAUUCUCAACUGGAUACAGAAACUGGAAUUUGUUCCCUUGGGAAUGGCUGUUACAAGGGCGCAUUUGAAUUAAGUUUGAUUUUAUGCAGCAUUGCCUUUGUGGUAUCCGGUGCCCUGCUCAAGUAUCUCAUUGGCAUUUGUGCACAACAUGCAUUCCUUCUUCGUGAAAAAGUUGAGCAGUACUGUGGUGUUGAAGCGCGUUUGAGCCUUGAUGGUUUGUGGUACUCUCCUGAGAGCCAACAUUGUGUUCAUGGUGAAGAUCGGUGUUUCCAAAGGCAAGAAAGGCCUGCAUUUUAUACUCUUGUGCUAUUGGAGCUACCAUGCACACAUAAAGUGGCUAAAGUCGAUGCCAAAAGAGGUAACCAUGGAACUAAGAAAGGCAAGAACUUUGCAGAAAUACUCGAGGCAGGAUGUUCUUUUGUCUCAAAACCUUCUUAG